CAAAUUACGAAAGUUCUCACGGCGGUUGCUUGUCGGAGCAAUCAUCGCGCGUCUAAGGAGCUGCAGCGGCGCGGUCAAUAAGCCUUUGCUCGAGCAACCUAGCUAAUGAGCAACGAAAGCCGACCGGAUUUCAUGGAACACACAGUUAAGAUUACAAAGGACGCCACUUCCGAUAUGCCGCAACACGAACUUCUCGGUGCGGGCAAGGUUUCCUGAGUGUUAUGCUCUAUAUAGCUUUACGAUAGGCCACAAGCUGCAGAAUCUUUCUGUUGCAGACGCUGCGGGCGUUUGCCUUUCGAGGGAGACCAUCACACUUGAAAACUUGUACCGUAAUACUCGGUUUGACGGUGUGGCAAUGAAGAAGUACGUGAAGAUGGGGCCAGCGACAAUUCUUGCUGUUGUCGCCUAUUUGACACCAUCUUGUGCUGCAACGCUCUAUGGGGCAGAUUCUAUAUGUGAUUUCUCCUGGCCUCCGUCUGGACAACGAAAUUGCCCGAGUGCUGGCCAGGAUCCCUGAAAAUCUUGGGCAUGGUCCGCAGAAGCUUCAGCCGUACUUGCCUGGACUUGAAGUGGGUGGAUUCACCACUAAAGGCCUGAACAAACUCCGUCUGCACGGACCCCUGUUUCCGCACUGCAUCAACGGAAGUCGCAUGCUACAAGUAGACUUCGUCAAUGAUGGAGACAUCGUCUUAUCGUUGCCAUGGAAGGCUUGCUCAGGGCACGAAGGCCGCUUCAGCCUUCGCGCCAUGUUCUCCCGGUUCACCGCUCAGUUCCGCUUGCUCGAGUCUCCUGACGAAGGAGUAAAGCUUGAACUGAUGGGUCGCAUUGUUCCUGUCGCAACAGAAGGCCUCCGCUUUAUCGUCGAUGGUGCCGGUACCGAGGUGCGCUCCGCUGUUGAAGUCCUGAGCGCACUCUUCCCUAGCAUAGUCAAUGAAUUUUGGUACUGGGAGUUCUCUCUUGCAUUUUAUAGAGCCUUGCGUAAAGCCAUCGAGUGAAUGAUGUUACAGACAAAAUUAAAAGUCACUACACAAAAACGUUACGUGGCACACUUCGCUGAAGCUCACGCCAUAAUUAUAUGAUUGCCCACUCUGCCCUAUUGUACUACAAUAAAUAUAACAAAGUGUACAUGGAUUUGUGAAACCUCCUGUGAAUUUGGAUCACAACAAUUGUUGCUGACGUGAAUAAAGCGAGUUGU